CCGCUGUUUGUACGUUUUUGGUGAGCACUCGGGGCUUGAACCUCCGCAAACUGCUCGAACCUCAAAGAGCGCAAUAACGAGCAGCUGUACUUGUACCAUCUUGAUCGGACAGUUAAAUUGGAAUUUGCGGACGCGCACUAAAGCCCUCCGACAGCAUUCGCCUCCCAGAAGAAAAAAAAAUAUCUAGGGCCGUCAGCAUGUGACGCAAAUCUUACUCCAGCUGCGACGUAGCACAUUCCCGUUUUUAUUCUAGUGUUUGUUUGGAGUUGUUAGAUUCUGGACGCUUAUCUGUGAAGGGUCUUGACACCCUCCCCCCGAGUUCAGUGUGCGCGUGUGCAUGUUCUGUGCACACUGCACCAGACUCGUCAGCAGGUGUGGUGGUUUCCGCCGCUUGUUUCCGGGACUCUCAGCAGCUGCGGUAAUGCCGAGCACCGUGGAGAAGUCGUUUCAACCUUACCACAUCACCGAGGAGCCAGCGACGAUGUCGACCGAAUUCAGGAUCCGUGCUCGCAACAAAUCGUACGAGGGUCUCACGAAAGACACCGAGGGUCAGUGGAAAGGGCCGUUCUUCUUCAUUCAAGCAGCGGACACACAGUUUGGCAUGAUAGAGUCGUAUUUGGAGAAGAAGCCCUGCCCCCGGUGGGACAAGGAGAUAGCACUUACCGAGAAAGCCGUCGAGGCUGUCAAUCGGAUGGAGCCAAAGCCACGGUUCUUCGUUGUCUGCGGAGACCUUGUGGACGCCAUGCCUGGGGACGAACUGAAGCCAGAACAGGAGGCGGACUUCAAGCGUGUCUUCUCCAAAAUGAGCAGUGAGGUGCCACUGGUGUGCGUCUGCGGCAACCACGACAUUGGCAACCAGCCCACACCUGCCAGUGUUUGCGCCUACAGGAACAGCUUUGGCGACGACUACUUUACCUUCUGGUGUGGGGGCGUUAUGUGCAUUGUCAUCAACUCGCAGUUCUACGAGGAUGCAUCACUGGUGCAGGAGCUGGCGCAGGAGCAGGACGUGUGGCUGGACGAGCAGCUGGUGGAAGCGCAGCGGACGGGUGCCAAGCAUGUGGUGGUCUUCCAGCACAUCCCCUGGUUCCUGCGCAACCCUCAGGAGGACAAGGUGUACUUCAACUUUGACCCUGAACUGAGGCUAAGGAUGCUCGACAAGUUCCACAAGGCUGGUGUGCGGGCCAUCUUCUGCGGCCACUACCAUCGCAAUGCUGGCGGCUUCUACAAGGACAUGGAGUUGGUUGUGACCUCUGCAGUUGGAGCGCAGCUUGGCUGUGACACUCACGGACUUCGUGUCGUGAAAGUCGGCGAAGACAAGAUCGAGCACCAAUACUACGCGUUGGACGAGAUCCCAAAGACAGUUUGCCUCCACUGACCCCGAGCCUUGGCAGUAGGUUGGAGACUUCCAGCGGUAGGAUUUUUGGAAAGUCAGAAGUGGAUUCGUGAGAACUUUUGUGUGCAUGGCAACUGUAGGUCUGCUCGAACAAAUGUGGUGGGCUGUCGAGAAGUAGGUCUUUCCAAUUUGUGCGUACGUGACCAUCUAGGUUCGAUGAGGAGUUGUGUGUGAAGAAGUAGUUUUAUUAUGUUUUGCGCCGCCUGUUUACUCGUCAGUCUACAGGCUUAGUGGACAUUUUUUUUACAUCUUAGUGGUGCCACUGAAAGAAGACUCCUAGAAUAGGGGUAAUGUUUCACAUGACAGGAUUAGUCGGGUGAACCAGUCAAAUUUUGACGUUAAUUUAAUGUUGUAUGGUGGAUGGCCACUUAGCGGUCUUUGUGCGACAAAACGGAAGUAUGGCGCUAAAUCAAAGAUAUAGUGCUUAUAAACCAGAGCAAAAAUCCUAGAAACAUGCCUUAAAGGGGUCCUCAAACGCUUUUCCAAGUAGUCGUCAAAUGACCUCAGUAUCGGUGUUUAUUGCCUCACGAAUCGACAGCUGCGAAAUGUUUUUUAGUCUGGCAAGUACGAGCGGUUACAGGGAUUUGUUGCGCACGUUUAACACUUUUUCUUUUAUCUCCUGCUGACAAGUGCACUGGAAGCUACACAUGGGGGGUGACAAAGAGGCAAGGAGCUAUGUCAGCGCACGCCAUGAACUUGCAUCAUGAAGCGCAUUCACUCACUCCCAGUACGGUUCUGGUGCGUGCUAGUAUUUCCACUGUGUAACUUUAGCACGCUAUCGAACGCAGCGCCGUAGCAAGAAGCACGUCUGAUCCAAACGCCGCUCAUUUGUGUUGGCUAUUGGCCAAUAGCAGCACCCUGCUAAAUGACAGAAUAGAGCCAACGCCGACAGCUUAGAAGAGAGCGAGAAUGGGCCUCUGCAUGAGGAGAGGGCGCUUCAGAGAGUGGCAACUGUGCGCUCUCUUUGUAAACUCUACAUGUUGCGCACGACUACAAAAUUUGGCCAAGGUGUUGAUAGAAUGUGUUUUUUCGCUAAGGCCGAGGGAUGGUUCAGGAUCCCUUUGUUGUCAAGAUCAACUAGGAGUGCAGUUUUAGCCAAACACUGUGAAGAGUCCAGACUGGUUUGAUGUGGCUCACAAACCAAUUGGCAGUGGUAAUGUUCUCUUUCCGGUGACUGUAGAGAAAAUAGUGAAGUUUGUUAUAUACAAGGUUGAGCCCUGUCUGGAAUGUUGAAGAACUUCUUCAAGGAGUAAUCAAUGUGUGGCAUACGCCACAAUUGUUCAAACACCGAAGAAGCUCUGCCUAUAAAUUGAAAUCUACUUACAGUUCCAGUGCUCAAGGGAUUUCUACUGCAGUCGCUGCAAUUUGGCAUAGCAAACUACUUUUAUUAGCUUGUUGUCCGCAGGCAUUGGUUUGAAGUUGAUGUGCCUCCGGAUUUGCUCAACUUGGGGUAUAGCGUCAACGGGCACGUAGAAUGACAGAACGGAAGAGACAAACUUGUAGCUGGGACGUUUGGUGAUUCAUCUCGGUAAGUUUCCUUCAGAGAGCAAAAUACCACACUCAAGCAUAUGCACACACACACACACUCACACGCACACGCACACACACACACACACACACACUGAAAACAAACGCCUCUUCUGACUUUUUCACCCGAGCGCUCAUGUGAAAAUGUGAGUGGGGCAUAUUCUCUCGGGAUGUUUACUUGUGUCUGUGUGUGAGUGCAUGCAUAUAUUUGAGUGCCAUAGGCAGAUUGAAAACUCAACACCUGCGAGAUGAAAACAGUUUUAUGCCAGGAAGAGAAAGCAUGGAGACAGUGCUAACAGCUCAUGUUUUAUUGUACGUGAAAUAUUCAGUAGUACUAACUAGCCCCAGUUUGCAUUUUUUGCUCAAUUUGUGCUCAUUUUUCUUGCUUCUUCAACGUGUUAUUUUGGAUAUGAUGAAGGCAGCUUUAAUUUUGUUUCUGGCUCAUGUAAAUAGCCUCUCUGAAAGCAGUCUCGUCACACAAUUGUUUCAUCCUUUUGCUUGUCCGACUACACUCGACCCUCGCUACAACAAAGUCACGUGUGACACGAAUAGCUUCCUUAUAUUAGAAAAUUCAUUAUGGAUGUUUGGUUGUACCAAUGUGUCAGUGGCAAGACCGUUAUUCAUUUACUUUGCUAUAGCUGAUACUAAUGUGUUGUAUCAAGCUUUGACUGUACAUUUGUGAACCCCUGUUAUUUUCGUAUUCACUUCCUUGAGCAGUGAAAUAGUAACUUACUUGGCUAAGGGAAUUUGAUUCCGCUGCCUUUGUCUAGGGUAUUACUGUUUUGCCGGAGGUCCUGCUGUGAAAAAGUGUGUAGGGCAAUGCGUGUGUCUGCUUUUUCACGUUUCGCUCCGAGCUCUUUCUUCAAGCGAAGCUUGUAUUGCUCACCUGUUAAGCUGGUGGUGGUGUUCCAAAAACCCUCCUCACUCGCAGAUGGGGCACGCCAAUGAAAUAAUGAAUAACACUAAAUAAAUUUUCCUUCCGGGGCUGGGGUUUGAACCUGGGUGCCCCGCGGUCUGAAAGCGAGUGCCUUGACUGCUAGUCCUCACACCCAUGUUUGCCCAGUGUGAACUGAAUUGAAGCAUGCCGAAGCAGUACACUGAAGCAGUACACUUGCUAUGAGACUUGCUAUGGGUGCUUCAUUGAAAUAUUUCGUGUUGGAGGACUAAAAGCGAUCUGCUGGACGACGCGUAGGGUCGGUAUCGGAAAUUGCACAUUUCAGGAAAAUUCCAACUACGAGAAAAUUGAUUUCCUGACCCGCGUUUCCAUGAUCACAUGAUGCUCCUUUCGUUGGGCCAUUUUGGAGGCUAAUGAACGCUGGAAAGAACAUGAAAGACUCUAUGCCAAUUCAGCCUGAAAACGGCAUUCCGGGGAUGGCCGCUACCCGUAAUAAAACUGAUUGCUUACGUUAGGAGGGAGCAUUGCGCAAUGCUUAAGAAAGAAAAGCAGCAGGUCAGGCACGCCAAGCUUCGCUGGCCCCCAUUUUCCCGAUAGGGGAAGGGGGCAACUUUAAAUAUAAAUUAUAAAUAACUUUAAACAUAUUUUAAUUUUUAAAUAAUUUAAAGAUACGUUUUCGAGAAUUUUAAAGAUAAAAUACCUUUCAAAAUGUCUCUUGUGAACUUCGAGCUGUUCCAUGGUUCGGUGAAGUUGAUGCUGCAUUAAUGUAUUGAAUAUUAUGGCUGCACCAUAGCUAAAUGGUUUGAAUAUAAACAUUUCGUUCCAUUUAUAAUUGUACAGAAUUGAUAGUAAAUAUUAUUUAUGUGACUUGUUAACAUUAAGUGGUACUAAUGCAGUUUCAUUUUUAUUUUUAAUUAAUUGUAAUGAAAUUUCAUAUUAAAGCUUUUCCCUGAUAGGCAGUAAUUCGGUUUGGUGGAUGUCACUGAUUUGAUGAAAUAAUUAAUAUUUCACCUCCAAUAUUUAAUGCCAGGCUGAAAAGAGAAGGCAAAAAAAUAAUAAUUGUGAAGCAUAGUUAAAUAUUCCAUAGAGUAAGAAUGUUGAAUGGAUGGUGAAAGCAAUUUUUUUUAUUUGGCCACAAAAAUCAAAAUAAGUCUGAAGAAUGUGUCGUGGUGUGCCUGCAUUGCUUUCUUUUUGCUUUUUUUGCCUGUUUUUCUGAUUAUUCCCCUAUUUUAAUGCCAAGUUCGUACUGUGGGUGCAGAACUAAAUAAAGAUAAUAAUAAUAUUUAUCUCUGUUGUUCCCUUAAACAAAACGUAAUGGUAUUUAAUUAGAAACUAAUUGGCAUACACUAAGAGUAAUUAAUAUAAAUGACGUCACUGGAAAUGGUUUAACAGAAAUGAAACAUUUUAUUGAUGUUGAUAAAUCAAACAAGUGGUUUCCAUAUCAGUGUUCAGUCAGGGAAGCUAACACAAUAUUUUAUUCUUUCCAUUUUUUUUGUGUGUGUGUGUGUGUUAUAUAAAUGUGUGAAUCCUGUAAACCUUAGAAAAAUACUGGCGAUUUUUGUCACUGCACUAUGCAUAAGUUAUUGUAUAGGACUAGUUUCUGUGAGCCAGUUUCGGUUACCCGAAGUUGCAUACUGGCUUGCCAUGCUCCUCAACUGCUUCCACAUGAAACACUCGUCGAACGUUUGUUUUUGUGAGCCGUCUAGCCUUACUGCUAUGUGACAUCUAGAUAAUUAUGUCUGAAUAAUGUUGAUAAUGACUCCAGUUUUGGUGUUUUGAUGCUAAUGUUUGUCAGAGGUCAGCAAACUCACUCAGAGUCUAAUCACUCGAACUGGCUGGCGAGUCUGAGUUCAGCUGAGCAAAACUUUGGUGACUCGUAGUCCAAGUGAGUGAUAAGCGAAAUAAGUAUUUGUUGAGUGAGUAUGCGUGAGUUCUGUUUAUUUUGCUGGCCUGUGGGGCUAGUAUGCAAUGCUUUUUAACCCUCGUACUUGCUAUGUAUGUGUGCAAAGCAUGUGGUGAGAUCUUUAGAACUUUGAUAACUCUAACAAGGUGCCUGCGUGCCACUUUCAGUCUGUGGAGAGCAGGUUGUGUUUGGCAUGUGUGUGUGAGAUGGCAUCAGCCACAAUGUUUUCAUUUUUGUGUUGUGCUUGUUGAUUACAUUUAAUGAAGCGACAAUUGAACUGCGACUCUUGUAGCUGAGUGUGCAGCAAAUGGCAUUCUUUUUUUUUUUAAACCUAGAAGAAAGUGCGGUGCUAGUGUCUAUGCAGAUUUCUAGAGUCAUUCUUCAGCCCUUAAAAGGACUCUGAAACUGUUUUUUGAAAUUUUGUCAGCAUUUAGGCUAGAGUACCAUCAAAUCAUUUGCACCCCAAAUUAAGUGACGCAGCGUGUACCAAGAACGCUACGGACAGUUAUAUCUAUACCCUCCUUCUCACCACUGCCUUGCUUCCUGAACUCAUGAGACACGCUGGCAUCACUGGUGAUCGCAGCGCUCUCAUGAGCACACUCGACAGUUUGAGCUUUGCCCAGUCAUGGCCUCCGAUACUGUGUGCCAACAGGUUGUGCGCAGUCUCGGAGGCCGAGUGUGCCUGGCAGCACGCCAUCCGGCACCAAAGACGAAGCUCGCGGAGUGGUUGAUAUCUGCUCCGACAGGUGCCGCCACACUACCAGCCGAUCUUAUUUUAUUCUCCUGUACGACGACAACUUGCAAAGGCAUGCGCACAAACAAAAAGAAUUCGAGAACGAUCACCGACAAGCGUAAACUCGGGCAGUGUGGUUGUGUCUUCAGAGGUGAAGUUACAGCCGCAGACAGGAGGAUUGUGGCGUUGACCGGAUAGCAAGAGCGCGACGCUCAUUGCAGUGAUGAGCUGAAGCAAUUCCACUCGCCAGAUGCCUCACAAACAUUGCACGAUGUCGUAGCUACAAGUCACCAAUUGCUAGAUAAGUGGUACACAACACGGCUAGGGCAAUUCAUUUUGUCCAAGAAAAGAAACCUCGAGAUGAGCACUGUCGCUCAGCUCACGUCAACACGGAGCCCGUUGUAGCACAGGCAGAUGACGCUCACAGCCCACAGGAGGUUCAGGGACGUGGAAUGGGCACAUCCAAUCAGAUCGGUCACUGGGUUCUAUGUAUAUUGGAACAAUUCUAUGUGUGAAAGGCAUGAGAAGUUGAAAACUCGUUCGGCUGAGCCGCUGCGAUCUAUAGCGAUACACUUGUUUAAAGACUUGUAAUAAAUUACACAGUUGACGCAGAGAGCUUAAAUCGGUGUUCAAAUGAUUCUUCGGACUUACUUCACCGGCUCAAUGCGUUUAUACAAAAUCGUCAGAACCAUUUCAGGGUCCCUUUAAGGGCAUGCUGGGAGAUGUAAAAUUGUCCAUGUUCAGUUGCUCAGGUGUUCAGUUGCUCAGAUGCUCGGUUGUUCAGAUGAAGCAAUACGUUAGCUAAGUACAUUGUGUGUCAUAUGUACUGUAGCAAAGAGGAAUGCCCAGUGCUGUGGCCACAUGCCAGCCCGAGUGAGGCACGAGCUAGAGCUGCCAGGCCUGUGCUUGCUGCUGCUGUUGAGACGAUACAACCACUGUUAGCCCAUUGCAUUGCAUUGUUAGCCCAUUUCUGAGCAAAACAAAUGUAUCCGUUGCAAGUCAAUGCCAUGUUGCGAGGUUCUCCCCGGACCUGCCAUGGGGGCUCAGUGGCUGAGCUGCUUGACUUGUCACAGGCACGAUUCCUGGCUACAGCAGUCAUAUUCCAGGGGAUGCAGAGUACACAGACAUACUUGCAUACAACGCUUUUGGUGGGAUUCUAGGUUACAAAAAUCACUCUGUGGAGCCCCAGAGGCCACUGUGGGACCGCACAUUCUCAAUUUUCGACAUUGACCGCCUGCCCAAUAAAUAGCCAUCACCACACAGUUGUGAAGAUUAUGAAAUUGCGGAGAAGUACGUGCAGUGCAUACCGUAUGUAUAUUUAGGUGUGUGUGAAUAGUGAAUUUCAGAGCCAAGUCAAAUACUAUUUGAAUAAUUGCUAAGAGUGAGGCAAUCAUUUUCAAAAUAUCCGUGGAAUUCCACAUUUCAUUUGAAAGAAAUAUUCAGAAACUUUAACAAAGGCUCAUUACGAUUACAUUUAACCAACAAAAAAUACCACAGUUAUGUAAACUGAGACAAGGUCGUAUGCAGUAAUGACUUGGGCCUUUGAGAUACUUUGUAACUGUAAGUUGAAAUACAGCAGUGACCACAGUAGCCAAAUUGUAGUACUUUGUCACCGGCUUUUAAAGAAAACUUAUACAUAAAAAUUCACCAGCUUUUAAAGGAAACUAAUACAUGAAAAUUGCGCAAUGCUCAACCAAACACUACAGAUACAGCUAAAUAUGGAAAGAAACACGUAGACCAGUUAUCACUGCAUGAGCCUUAGCACCAAAAGCAGGUGAACAUCAGUGUUGGAUACUGUGUGUGCAAGGAGAAUCUACAUAAACAUGACACACCAUAAAUGACCCCUCACUGUUACAACGGUUCAUUCUUUUGGGGUUUUCCCGUUGGUGCUGGUUAUCAGAGAAAUAUUUGGUAUUUUGGAUAUGCACUAUUCGAUUGGAGUAGCAAAUUGAAUAACGCUAACACGAUUAAUAAUAAUUAAUCUGUAACGAGCAGAUUAACAACAGAAUCCAUCACAUGGCAUGUGAUGCUGAAGCAUGUACACUUCCUUUCAUUCCCACUCUGUCUUCACCUGCUGAGCUCGCAAGGAGUGUUCUCUAGUUUGUUUGCCCCGAGGGUAUUUUGGGGAUGUGAGCAAUGCAUGGGUGGUGUGUGAGCAAUUUCAUCAUGUUGAGAAGCGUACGCGGACGUUUUCUUGCAGCCGGUACUCUAUAUUUAUUCUCUUACUUGCAUCUUUCUUUUUUAUUUAUUCUUACGUUGUUUGAGGAGUCAUUACGAUGGUGCAUUGGAGAUGAGUGUGAUUGCGAAGACUAAUUCCAAUGUGUCAUUUUCAGCCAAUCAGAGAGCUGCCUUCUCAGUCAAUCAGAGCUGAUGAGGCGGUAAGUUUGACACGUUUGGGACUUCAUGGCGCCUUGAAUGGCACCACAGUUGGCUAGGUUGCACCAAAAUGGUCUAACAUGGUCACUAUCGCUGUGUUCUAAGCUGCUCUAGUAGAAACAGCACUUUGCAGAUGAUGCAAUGUUCUUAGUUGGAUUCUUUAUGAGUUUAUUGAAUAAAUAAAUAGCAGGACCCUUUCACUGUUGCUUCUUGGGCACAUGAACAGUGCCACAGGUGCAAAUGUGCACUGUCGGAAUUGUCAUGUUCUUUGAGCUUCAGCUACAGUGUUUUCUAAUAAAGUUUGUUGCUAACGGAGCAGUUUAUGUGUGGAAAGUUGCAGUGUUUUGGAAUGAUCGACUCUUCAGUGUUUUUUGUUUUUCGUGCCUUUGAAUAAUAAAAUGACAGCUUUUAA